CAGAGCGAUGAAGUCUUUGGGCAGCCGCGACAAGCUCCAGGCGGCGGCGGCGGCGUCGGGCCACCGGCGCGUGCUGCUGCUGGUCUUCGCCUCCUGCUUCGCCUUCGCCACCUUCCUCACCUUCCUCUACAGCUCCUCCAGCUUCGCCUCCGCCACCACCUCCACCUCCCGCUACGGCUCCUCCGCGGCCUCCACCACCUCGUCCUCCCUCGCCGGCUCAGGCCCCGGCGGCGCGCUGCCGCUGCCGGUCUUCGACGCGCUGGUCCACUACGCGUCCUUCUCCAACGCGACGCACCGCAUGACGGACACGGACAUCCGGGCCAUCUCCGCCAUCCUCCGCGCGCGCGGCCCCUGCAACCUCCUCGUCUUCGGCCUGGGCGCCGAGUCGCCGCUCUGGCUCGCGCUCAACCACGGCGGCCGCACCGUGUACCUGGACGAGAACGAGUUCUACGUCAAGUACCUGGAGCCGCGCCACCCGGGGCUCGAGGCCUACGACGUCUCCUACACCACGAAAGUCCGCGACUUCAAGGACCUGCUGGAGGCGGCGCGGUCCACGCGCGCCGCCGAGUGCCGGCCGGUGCAGAACCUGCUCUUCUCCGAGUGCCGCCUCGCCAUCAACGACCUGCCCAACGAGCUCUACGACGUGCCCUGGGACGUCGUCCUCAUCGACGGGCCGUCCGGGUGGAACCCCAACUCGCCGGGGCGCAUGCCGUCGAUCUUUACCACGGCGGUGCUGGCGAGGUCGGGCGCCACGGCGGCGAAGGGCCCCACGGACGUGCUGGUGCACGACUACAACUUCGAGCUGGAGCAGGUGCUCAGCAAGGAGUUCCUCUGCGACGAGAACCGCGUCGCCGGCAGCGGCACGCCCUCGCUCGCGCACUACGUCAUCCACCCGGGCUCCGCUGGCGCCGGGUUCUGCUCCGCCGGCCAGGACGGCGCGGCGGCUAGCGGCGGCCAGACGGCCGGGGAGAAGACGCGCAAGUGAUCUAAUCUCGUCGAGAAACCAUUACUUCAGUAGGGAUCCUCGUCUUCUCCGGCUAAUUCUUCCCCCUCGAUCUUGCCCUGUUACUACGAUUUUUCUUCUUCUUUUGUCACAUAUUAUAAGUUUGUUAUUUUUUGGGAACAAUAAUUGUAACUAGCAGCAGCUUCAUGAUCAGAGUGUAAAGAAUCGAUCUUGAUGAUAUGAUUGCCUCGAGAAAGAGAAAUAGAGGCCAAUUUACACUAAACAAAUCGUUCCAGCCUCGA